UUGAUUUCCUAUCCAGCGGUGCUACGCGCCCAACAGCAGGAGGGAGGAUACGAGUUCGUCUUCCUCGAAUCCCUCUUUCUUCACCUCCUAGCUCUCUCGUCCUCCGUUCCUCUUCUCCGGCGAUUCGAGGAUAGUUUUCGCCGGGGGGUGCCUAGAAAUCAGCCGUCAGGUGAACCGGGAGGAGUGGUUGCCUGAGGAGGAGGAGGAGGAGAUGAUCACGCGAGCGAAGCUGGUGGAGCAGCUGCGGGAGCACCAGAUCCGGUCGGCCCAGUCCUACUCCGCCGCGCUCGCCGUCUUCUCGCCAAACCCCCACAUCUCCUCCAGGAGAGAUCUCAAGGUUGCUCUCAUCUAUGCGGUCUUGUUUUGUUUUCUCAUGGUGUCCUGCUACGUUGGCCUUUACUUGAAAUGGUUCAGACUUUCAGCCAUGUUUGUAAUUUUCGGAAUCCUUCUUCCAGUAAGCCUCAAAAUCUCUAGGCAUAGAAGGCUGAAGAGGAAAAGAGAGAGGAGAUUGUUGUUACCACUGUCCAUGUGAAUAUAUUUUUGAUAUCUUGUAACAUUCUAGUAAAAGUUGGCCAACUACAGAUAGGAAAUUGUCGGCAGAUUAACUCAAUUUACAGCCCCAGCUUACACUUUCCAAAAUGUUGUAUGCAUCACCUGUUGUGCUAUUGCGCACAUGUGUGUGCCGACACUCGAGUUUUUUUGCCCCUUUUGUGUUCAUCAAACUUCGUCCGUUGAAAGACGAUGCAUCAUGUUGGAGUUUCUGACGGCAAAUCUUGGACAAA